CUGUCGUAUUGAUCAUCUGAUUAGGUGUGAAGGAUUGUUCAAAAUUUUACCUCUUUGCUUGAAUUGUAGGCCAGUAGUUUUAAUUUUAAGUAAGUAACUGUGUGCUCGAAAAAAAUAAUAUUGAAAAUUUGUUUUCCGUUCACGGGAAUCGCAACAAAAGACCGAUGACUGCUGAUUUAUGAGUUCUGUGUGAACUCUGGUUGUGAUUCCAAAGAAAUUUUGAGCAACCUUCAAGAUGGGAUCGCUCUUCAGAAGUGAAGAGAUGACCUUGUGUCAGCUCUUUCUGCAAAGUGAAGCUGCUUAUGCCUGCGUGUCCGAACUUGGAGAACUCGGCCUCGUACAAUUUCGAGACUUGAAUCCUGACGUGAAUGCAUUCCAGCGCAAAUUCGUGAACGAAGUACGCCGAUGUGACGAAAUGGAGCGCAAGCUUCGCUACUUGGAGAAGGAAAUAAAAAAGGACGGCAUUCCCAUGCUCGACACCGGGGAAAAUCCCGAAGCACCCCAACCACGUGAAAUGAUUGAUCUCGAGGCGACUUUUGAAAAACUCGAGAACGAAUUACGUGAGGUCAACCAGAACGCCGAAGCACUUAAACGCAAUUUUCUAGAGUUAACUGAACUGAAGCACAUUCUCCGCAAAACCCAAGUCUUCUUCGAUGAACAGGAGAACGCUGGUUUGAAUUCUACCGAAUCCAUGACACGAGCAUUGAUCAGUGAUGACAAUAUCGCCCGACAAUCUGCACUAGGUCCCGUUCAACUGGGCUUCGUCGCUGGAGUAAUUCUCCGAGAAAGAAUCCCAGCUUUCGAAAGAAUGUUGUGGCGCGCCUGUCGAGGAAACGUAUUCCUUCGUCAGGCAGAAAUCGAGACUCCCCUCGAGGAUCCCACGAGCGGGGACCAGGUCUACAAGUCUGUCUUCAUCAUCUUCUUCCAAGGAGACCAACUUAAAACCCGCGUUAAGAAAAUUUGCGAAGGUUUCCGAGCAACGUUGUAUCCCUGUCCUGAAGCCCCAACAGAUCGUCGAGAAAUGGCGAUGGGAGUGAUGACGCGAAUCGAGGACUUGAACACCGUCUUGGGACAAACUCAGGACCAUCGUCAUCGAGUCCUUGUGGCUGCUGCCAAGAACCUCAAAAACUGGUUCAUCAAAGUCCGCAAGAUCAAAGCUAUUUACCACACUCUGAAUCUCUUCAAUUUAGACGUUACUCAAAAGUGUCUGAUCGCUGAAUGCUGGGUUCCAAUCCUGGACAUGGAGUCUAUCCAACUCGCGCUUCGUCGAGGAACCGAACGGAGCGGCAGUUCCGUUCCACCAAUUCUGAAUCGAAUGGAGACGUUUGAGGAUCCGCCAACCUACAAUCGAACGAACAAAUUUACGAGUGGAUUCCAGGCUCUCAUAGACGCUUACGGGGUCGCUUCUUACAGGGAAAUGAACCCCGCUCCGUAUACGAUAAUCACCUUCCCUUUCCUGUUUGCUGUUAUGUUUGGCGACACCGGCCACGGCCUCAUCAUGUUCUUAUUCGGAGGCUGGAUGGUCUGGAAGGAGAAGCCGUUGGCGGCGAAGAAAUCGGACAAUGAGAUCUGGAACAUCUUCUUCGGCGGGCGGUACAUCAUCUUCCUGAUGGGGCUGUUUUCGAUGUACACAGGACUGAUGUACAACGACGUCUUCUCCAAGUCGUUGAACAUCUUCGGAUCCAAUUGGAAUGUCUCCUACGACUUUUCUCCGAUUAACAGUAACAGGGUCUUACAACUGAACCCAAACUCGACGGACUACAUUCAGCAUCCCUAUCCUAUCGGUAUGGAUCCUGUGUGGCAGCUCGCUGAGAACAAGAUCAUAUUCUUAAAUUCCUACAAGAUGAAGAUUUCGAUCAUCUUCGGCGUGAUUCACAUGCUUUUUGGAGUCCUCGUUGGACUCUGGAAUCACUUGUACUUCAAGAGGAGACUGAACAUCAUCUGCGAGUUCAUCCCGCAGGUUAUCUUCUUGGUCUUUUUAUUCUUCUACAUGGUCCUGCUCAUGUUGAUCAAGUGGAUCAAGUACGGUCCAGAUGGUGAUGAGAAAGAAGGUCCAUUUUGCGCUCCUUCUGUUCUGAUCACUUUCAUCAACAUGGUGCUUUUCAAAAGCAGUACUUAUCCACCAGUCUGUGAGACGGCUAAUAUGUACGCGGGGCAAGAAUUUUUCCAGAAGUGUCUGGUUAUCUUGGCACUUCUCUGCGUCCCGUGGAUGCUUUUUGCAAAACCAGUAAUGAUGAUGCAGGAGAGGAAGAAGCAGCAUAUUAUGCUGAACAAUCACGCAACCGAGAAUGGAGACUUGGAAGGUGGAAUUCCAAAUCAGCAGCAAAAUGGACAAAUGCAGGGUGUCCACAAGGACGAGGAAGAAGACAUGACAGAGGUAUUCAUUCAUCAAGGAAUACACACUAUUGAGUAUGUCCUUGGAAGCGUUUCGCACACUGCUUCGUAUCUUCGAUUGUGGGCAUUGUCUUUGGCCCAUGCACAACUUUCCGAAGUAUUAUGGAAUAUGGUUAUGAAGAACGGGUUGGUCCGAGAAGGAUGGAUUGGAGGAUUUUUCCUCUGGGCUGUAUUUGCCUUUUGGGCCGUUUUAACUGUCGGUAUUCUCGUUUUAAUGGAAGGUUUGUCGGCCUUCCUUCACACACUCAGGCUUCACUGGGUCGAAUUUCAGAGCAAGUUUUACGCUGGGCUGGGCUAUAGCUUCCAGCCCUUCUCGUUUGAAAUCAUUCUGGAUUCUGCUCAAGCGACAACCGAAGAUUAAAAUUUGUUUUCUUUGAAACAAAAGUAAAUUAUAUAAAACACUUAAUAAUGCUUGUGAUGUUUAUUUGUCUCUUUUGAGCAGAUGAAAAGCGUGUUGAGUUUAAUUCAUGUUAUUAUAAUAUGUUUUGCCCGAAUUGGAAAUAAAGUUCUGAUACCUAUUAUAGUUUAAA